AUGGCUGUCACCAAGAUUUAUAUAGUGUACUAUUCGUUGCACGGCCACGUCGAGACAAUGGCACGAGAGGUUCUCCGAGGAGCAAACGCCGUCCCAGACGUGGAAGCAACACUGUGGCAAAUACCGGAGACAUUACAUGAGAAGAUACUUGAGAAAGUGAAGGCCGCUCCGAGACCGGACGAUGUGCCGGAGAUUCGUGGGGAGCAACUGGCGGAAGCCGACGGAUUCAUGUUCGGGUUUCCUUCGAGGUUCGGGGUGAUGGCAUCGCAGUUCAUGACCUUCUUCGACAACACAAACGAUCUCUGGACCUCACAGGCUCUUGCCGGGAAACCAGCCGGAAUCUUCUGGAGCACGGGUUUUCACGGUGGAGGCCAAGAACUCGCUGCAUUGACGGCAGUGACAAAACUGGCUCAUCACGGGAUGAUAUUUGUACCCUUAGGGUACACAUUUGGUAAAGGCAUGUAUGAGAUGGGAGAGGUUAAAGGUGGUUCGCCGUACGGCUCAGGGACUUAUGCAGCUGAUGGGUCACGCGAGCCAACGGAACUUGAGAUCCAGCAAGCAAAUUACCAUGGCAAGUACUUUGCAGGAAUAGCCAAGAAACUCAAGAAGCGUUCUCCUGCCUAG